UCCACACACUGCCCCCCCCCUCGGUGUUGUGUAAAGUGGUGGGUGUGGCGUAGGUGCCCUCUGAUCUACCCACCCUCUGUGUGUGGGUGGGGGAACCCCGGGGCUGGCACCGGUCUGUUAUAAGGAGGAAGCGCAGAAGACAUUGUGAAUGGCUAAAAAUAUGGACUAUAAAGCUUACCAUGCCAACCCCAAACCACCGCUUCCGUGACAUUGAGAGGACAGCAGAGUACCUCCAACCAGAGAAGUGUCUCCCGCCACCAAUAGAUUACUCCAUGGAUAAAGUGUGGUUCAUCAAAGAUGGCUGCGGCAUUGCAUGUGCCAUAGUUACCUGGUUUCUGGUUUUCUAUGCAGAGUUUGUUGUUCUUUUUGUUAUGCUGCUGCCCUCCAAAAAUUUGGUUUAUAGCACAAUAAAUGGGAUUAUAUUUAAUGUGUUGGCAUUCCUAGCCCUGGCUUCACAUCUACGCGCCAUGAUCACUGAUCCUGGUGCUGUUCCUAAAGGAAACGCUACAAAGGAAUUUAUUGAAAGCCUGCAACUGAAGCCAGGACAAGUGGUUUACAAAUGCCCAAAAUGUUGCAGCAUCAAGCCUGACAGGGCUCACCAUUGCAGUGUAUGUAAAAGAUGCAUUAGGAAGAUGGAUCACCAUUGUCCAUGGGUAAAUAAUUGUGUGGGAGAAAACAACCAGAAAUUCUUUGUUUUGUUCACUAUGUAUAUAGCCCUGAUUUCCCUGCAUGCCCUCAUCAUGGUAGGGUUUCAUUUCCUGUACUGUUUUGAAGAAGACUGGACAAAGUGUAGCUCCUUCUCUCCGCCAACCACAGUCAUCCUCCUCAUUCUGCUAUGUUUUGAGGGUCUACUCUUCCUCAUCUUCACCUCUGUAAUGUUUGGCACACAAGUACACUCAAUCUGUACUGAUGAAACGGGCAUAGAACAGUUGAAAAAGGAAGAGAGAAGAUGGGCUAAAAAAACAAAAUGGAUGAACCUGAAAGCAGUAUUUGGCCAUCCGUUCUCAAUAGCAUGGCUUAGCCCCCUCGCCAAACCAGACCAUGGGAAAGCAGAUCCUUACCAGUAUGUGGUCUGAGGGAUUCUGUGCCAGCUGUGUUGCACAGAAAGUUGCCACAUUACUUGCAUUUACUAGCUUGACAUUGAAUGUUUCAUAAAAAUACAAUUCUAUUUUUGAAAUGGCCAAGAGUUACUGCUGAGAAGAAGCCACCAACAUGCAGCAGUUCUGUUUGCUCCUGUUUUCUUGAACCGUUAUGUCAUGAUUUUUUCCUUUUGUUUCUCUGCUUUCUUUACAAUAACACAAUGAUUGCCACUCCUUGGCUUUUUAUUACUUCCAGCUCUGCUAACCAACCUGACUUGACUUUAUCUGCCAUCAUUUGCCAUAGCUGACUGUGCCAACUAACCACUAACGUUUAUUUGGGCCUGGUCGUAAGAAUGCAUCAUUUCUGAGGAUAACUUGAAUUAGGUGAUGUUUGCAACUCCCAGAUAACCUGCACUGCUGAAAACUGAAGACAAAUUUCUUAUCACAGACUUUAUUAUUUGUAGUGAUAUUAUGGUUUUGAGAGGCCGGUUUUCUAGAAAAAAAAAUAUGAGUAAUCAUUUGUAUGUUCAUUCACUUGAGGGAAGACGUCAAGGGUACUUCCGAAUAAAAAAUAAAUAAAUAAAAAUUGCCCAGAAUGGCAGCAUUUAAAAAAACAAACUGGACUUGCCCACUGUUGCACCAUUGGUGCCUCCGGUAUCGCACUCCCAUCUUUUGCGGUGUUCUUGCUUCUUCUUGUGGUUGGCACAUCACUGUAGUGUAAAUAAUUUCUGGCCACAGUGAUAUCCCCCCUUAGUCGGUGGUAGGCUGAGUGGCAGUGUAAUACAUUACGCCCUGACCCAGUUUUUCUUCCUGGUGCCGGGGCCCAAUACGUCACGUUGCCACUCAGCCAAUCACUAGCCGAGGCAGAACAUCUUGUGUCAACCGCUAGAAGCAGAAAGAGUAUCGCUUGGGAGAAUGGGAGCGCAAUACCAGAGGAGCGACGGUAGGUAAGUCCAGUUUGUUUUUGUUUAAAUGCCAAAUUCUAAGUUUUAUUUUUAUUUUUUUUAUCGCAGAGUGCUCCAUUUAAACUACUGACAUUACCGAAUAUAUGUCUUUCUUUAAGGUUUUCCAUAAUGUCCUCCUGACCUUGUGGGAAGCAAGGGUAUUAGUUUAAAAUGUAUUAUUUUAAGAACUAUUACAUGAGGUGUUAACUUUUAAUCAAAGUAUGGCAUAUAUAAAGAGUGGUAAUGUUAGGAAAUGGUGCUGUUAUUUCUCCCUGCUACAUGACUGAGAGAAGUCUUCUAAAACCAAGGUCGUAUGGGCUUGACAUAUAUUAAGUGUCAACUCCAACUUUUCAAUGCACUCCAUUUAUCAAUUUUGCACUGUUCAUGUGCUUUGUGUGCUGGAUUGCUGCCACUCUCUAAUAAUAAGCAUGCCUUUCUGCCAGGGUAACAUGUUAUCAUGUAGGAUUCUCUGCAGACACUGACGAUAGAUCAAACAGAUGAUGCAGGAACAUGAGUAUGUCACAACAUUGUUAUAUUAUGGUCCCAUACAGCCCAACCUUUACAGCUUGGAAAAAUGCCUUUCAUUCUGAUGUCUCAUUUACCUCCUCAGCCUCAUAUCAUUUAUGAGGUGUAGCAUGGUAGUAAGAUUUAUGUGAAUAGAUGGAAAACUUCCAAAAAGUUAAUAUAAAGUUAAAAUGGUACUAUAACUCGGCCUUUCUCGAUCAGUCUAGAAUGGUUAUCUUAUGGGUCUUUUGAUUCACAUUCUACAUUUGUCAAGCCCUAUCAGCCCUAUCGGCUGUUCUGUCAAUUUAUGUGAUGAUAUGUGAAGGUCUUUCUUUGUAACUUCAAGCAUACAAUAAAAAUUCAGUUUAUGCCCCUAUUUGAAGCCCUGCUUACCAGAAUGGUGCCAGUCUGGAGAUCCUCUGCCCUCUUCUACGCUGCAAUUGAAGCCUGGGUUGUCCAUAACUACAGCACCGCAGUAAUUUUUCAAUAUAUUGACUCCUAAAUGGCUCAUGACAGUGCCACUUUAUUAUUAUGGGCAGUUUCAGCUUUAGAGAAUUACAGAGAACCUCUGGGUUGGCUGGAUGUUGAAAAUUGAGACAAUAGAGACAUGUAGAGCUUCAUAAGGGUAUUGAAACCAAAGACAGAGACACAUUCAGAGGGCACAAUCAGACUGUUCCAUAUGUGUGAAUAGGAAAGACGCUUAUGGAAAUUAAGAGAACAGCAGACAGUUUACUAGAAUAUAGUACUACUGCGGGGUGCUAAGCUAAAAAUAGCUGGACAGGAUGCAAGAUAAGUAGAAGAAUAGAAGCUCGCACUCACCGCUCUUGUAGAA